GGCACACCUAACAAGACUGACUACAAUAAGUCCACAUAUAAUCCCAAAUGGGAUGAAGUGGUUCCUCUACUGGUGUCUCCCUAUUCCUUCAUUCAUCUGCGAGUGUUUAACCACAACUCAAUCAAAAGGGACGCCCUGUUAGGCGAGGCCACGAUCGAUAUCUACGACCUGUUGACCCGCAAUAGCGGUCACUUCGAGCGGCUGGCCUGUCCUCUGCAGCUCCAGUCGCCCACCAGUAAUGGCCCGAAAACGAGUCGAAAUCCGUGUUAUUUGUAUACAAUGUUGGAUGGCUUGCGAGUCGAGAUGAAUAGGUUUCCACCUAAAGAGACACAAAUGCAAAGGCCGUUAGGCGUGAGGCCUAUCAGUGACGGCGACACAAGUAGUCCGUCGUCGUCGUCAACACCACUAUUGCCUCGAAUUGUCGAAUCGGAUGCAAUGGCGCCCAACACCAACACCAACGUCAACACCGCCGCCGCAGCUCAAGACGGGUCGGCCACCGCUGGCGAUACCGUGACCGCCAACGGAGUCGUUCCCAACGGAGUGUCUAAUGGUGUGCCCAAUGGUGUCAACUCUAUUAUCAGUUCACUUCCUCAGUGGUCACUAAACGAUCCAAAUCCUAACCUAAGAGUCGCGAACCCAUACCAAACUGUCAAUAGUAGUAGUGUUAGUAAUAAUAGUAGUGCCGCACCGGCACCACCGCAACAGAGGGUAGAGAAUGACGCUACUGUCACUGCGCCCCGACCUAGUCCUGUGCGAACGGCUCCACAACUACCACCACCACCACCACCACAGGUACCGUUGCCUCCCGUGGCGCCGCCCCCAGCCUCUCAACCAGCGGCCGCUGCACCGGCGGUUGACGAAGAGCCCCUCCCCACGGGUUGGGAGAUUAGAUACGACUCCUUCUCGCGAAAGUAUUACGUCGACCACAACUCGCGGUCCACCACUUGGGAGAGACCGCAACCAUUGCCUCCCGGAUGGGAAAUGAGACGCGACAACAGGGGACGGGUUUAUUACGUCGACCACAACACUAGGACGACCACAUGGCAGAGGCCAACCCCCGAACACGUCCGCAAUUUCCAGCACUGGCAGUCACAACAGGGCUCUAUUAUGCAACAGUGCGGUCAAAGGUUUCUCUACGACCACUCAAAUAAUAACGGGUCGGUCGCCAACGGGACGCCAAACACCGCCACCACUACCACGACGACGACCACCGAAGAGGACGCUUCGCUCGAAGCCCUUCCAGAGGGUUGGGAACGACGUGUGGACCCCAGCGGACGCGUCUAUUUUGUUAACCAUAAGAAUAAAACGACUCAAUGGGAAGAUCCGCGAACUCAAGGAAAAGAGACGCCAAACCUGGCGGCGGAUAUCCCACUGCCUCAGGGCUGGGAAAUGAAGUACACGACCGAAGGGACGCCUUAUUUCGUGGACCACAACACGAAGACGACGACUUUCAACGACCCGAGAGGACCAAAGAUAGGCAAAGGCCAGUACGGGGUGCCCGCGGCCUACGAGCGCUCAUUCCGCUGGAAGUUAACGCAAUUCCGCUAUUUGUGUCAUUACAACGCCCUCCCAAGUCAUAUCAAGAUACAGGUGGCGCGCGCCAACAUCUUCGAGGACUCCUUCCACGCCAUUAUGAGGGUUCCGCCCCAUGAGCUCAGGCGUAGGCUUUUCAUCACAUUUAGAGGCGAGGAGGGCCUCGACUACGGAGGCAUUGCCAGGGAAUGGUUUUUCCUACUAUCGCAUGAAGUGUUGAACCCAAUGUACUGUCUGUUUGAAUACGCCGGCAAAAACAACUAUUCACUGCAGAUAAACCCGGCCUCCUCUGUAAAUCCCGAUCACUUGCUUUACUUCAGAUUUAUUGGACGAUUCAUUGCAAUGGCUUUAUUUCAUGGAAAGUUCAUAUACUCUGGUUUUACUCUACCUUUUUAUAAGCGAAUGUUAGGCAAAAAGCUGGUCAUGAAAGACAUCGAAUCAAUUGAUCCCGAGUUCUAUAAUUCUCUGCUUUGGAUUAAGGAGAAUUCAGUGGAAGAAUGUGGACUCGAAUUGUAUUUCUCAGUAGAUUUCGAAAUCUUAGGACAAAUACAAUCGCAUGAAUUGGUUCCGAAUGGCGGCGACAAACGGGUCGACGACCAGAACAAAGACGAGUACUUAAGACUAAUGACUGACUGGAGGUUUAGUAGAGGCCAAGAAGAGCAGACAAAAGCAUUUUUAGACGGUUUUAAUGAAGUCCUACCACUCGAAUGGUUACACUAUUUCGACGAAAGGGAACUGGAGUUGUUAUUGUGUGGUAUGCAGGAGAUAGACAUCGAGGACUGGCAGCGGAACUCCAUUUACCGGCACUAUACAAGAAACUCGAAGCAAAUCAUAUGGUUUUGGCAGUUCGUGAGGGAUGGCUGCGAUAAUGAGAAACGGGCCCGACUUCUGCAGUUCGUCACAGGCACGUGUCGCGUCCCUGUGGGAGGCUUUGCGGAGCUGAUGGGCUCUAACGGUCCGCAGAGGUUCUGCAUCGAGAAAGUGGGUAAAGAGAAUUGGCUGCCCCGGAGCCACACGUGCUUCAAUCGCCUCGAUUUGCCGCCUUAUAAAUCGUACGAACAAUUGGUCGAAAAGCUGACGUUUGCUAUCGAAGAGACCGAAGGCUUCUCUCAGGAAUAGAGCGCUCAGUCGGCGCCCGAUUCGAGCAUUUCUGCCGCAAAUGCUUGUGUUGAUUGUGUGUCGACACACUUAACGUCAGUCCCCUCUGUGGCUAACGUGUUGUUAUUAGACUUGCGUUUAUGCUUAACAUUAACUCUCAAUUGCAAAGACACUACAAGUUGUUUACCCCUAUAAUUGUUAUCAUAUAUGGAUUUAUCUCUUUUUUAUUUUUUAAAACUUAGAAUUUUAUUGAUUAUAUUUUUGAAUAUGUCAAAUAACACGUUGAUUGAGUACUUAAUGUUAGGC